GAGUUGAUCAUAUUAUAAAAGAAUAAUAUACCGCCUUUAAUAGUAGCGUUUCAGUAGAAAAUCAACGCAAAAUGUUUCAACUACUAUUGUUAUUCAGCUUUUUUAUGCCACUUUCUUCUGAAAUAUUUUCGUCCAUGGCAAAAGUAAAGGAUGUGUUGGAACUUGUUCAGGACUAUGAUGUUAAAGUGGAAUUCUUCGACAACUACAUAAGAGCUCAGGAGCAAUAUCUUGAAUAUCUCAGCCAAAUUUUGGAGGUCGCUGAAAACGCUGACCAGCUCUUAUCGAAGGACCUGAGUCCGGAACAUCCCGCUGUUGUAUUCAGGUACUUCCACGACACGAACGUUAUACACAGACUUAAGAAUAAGGUAGAUGUGUUCUUGGACGAGGAAAGAAAUAAUAUGCAGUUCGAUUCCGAAGAUCUGCGUGAUUUUGUUGCCGAACUACCAACAGAAGAGGAUCUGAACGGAACUGCUUUAGGGAUCACAAGACUGAAGGCUACCUAUAAAUUAAACGUUUCUGAUAUCGCAAAUGGUGUUAUCGCAAACCGACCAUCCCGUCCGUUGACAUUGCCAGAAAUUUUAGAUAUGAUACAGUACACAUAUAUCAAUUUCGUAGAAGUGAAAGGCGGAAACAUCCUUAAAUUUGGUCUAGAUAUGAUAUAUUAUUUAGACAGAAGAUGGACACAGUUAACAGAAAAAGAAAUGGCGGAUAUUUUAACGUUACAAUUAAAGAUAUUGUCCUUUGGAGGCUGUAUCUGUACUCAUGAAUAUAAACACUUACUCUCAAGUUUGAUGCUGUUGGACCCUAAUGCAGACGUUCCUUCAAAUGCACACUGUAUUUCUUUUACGCGUUCACCCGACUGUCAAUAUCAUCGGGAGGAAUUUGCAUUGGAUCGAAUUCAUGAAACCUUUUACAAGCUGUGUCGGAAUGAACCGGUUAAUCCAAUCGCUGCUGUGGUGCCCUACCUUUCCCAACAAAGACAUCUUGUCUGCAAAUAUGUCCACAAUAACCAUCCUUAUAUUAUUCUUCAACCUGUGAAGAUAGAGUACCUGAAUGAAAAUCGACCUACAGUGGCCAUUUUGCAUGAUGUUGUGUCCCGGAGGGAGCGCAGGGUUCUUCGAUUACAUGCACUAGACUUUUUGAAGAGAGCAACAGUGACAACAAAGAAAGGUCAGGUGCCGAGUCCAAGCAAAAUCAGCCAAACAAUGAUUGUCAAAAAUGCAGUUGUAAAUAAAUAUUUUCCUAGUUUCCGUCAGCGCCUUCUAGGUGUGACUAAACUUGCUUCACGAAGCUUUGAGAGCUUACAAGUCGGAAACUACGGCCUUGGUGGCGGCUAUACCAUUCAUCUUGACUUGCUUUUUCCGGCAGUAAAACACAACUUUACAGACACAACGAAUAACCGCUUGACCACGAUGGUUACAUAUCUUACUGACGUCGAGAACGGCGGGGCCACCGUGUUUCCUGAUUUAGGAUUACGUGUUCGUCCACAGAAGGGCAGUGCUCUGAUGUUCUUUAACCUGUUUCGUAACGGCACAUCGAAUAACUUUACUAAGCAUGCGUCCUGUCCUGUUCUGUACGGUGAAAAAUGGAUUGCCAACCAAUGGGUUCUACGGAAUGGUCAGGAGUUCGCGUACAAGUGUGAUCUCUCGAACGAGUGGUAGCUGUUUUUGAAAUGAUAAACUUUCUAUAUUGGUGAGGAUGCGUAUGUUGGUGUAUGUUCUCUUGUUCUUUGGAAACUCUUUAAAACACUCUCAUUUAACCGAAAGGCGGUUUCAAAAGACAUUUAGGUUUACAUGAACUUUAGGGAUUCACCAUUAAGAAAACUUUUUUAAACAUUUUAAACAUUACUUUACCAUUAAACCAAUAUUAAUAUAGCGUAGAUUGUCAGUAGUAUAUAAAUAUGUGACGAAUCUCAGAACAUCUAUACGAUGAAUCAAUUUUACGAAAUAAGUAUCCCGGUUCAUAUUUUUAUCAAGCUGGGGACUUUAAUGCCCGCACGAAAGAAAUGUUAGAUUACAUUCCAGAUGAUAAUCUGCAAAACAUUUUUAAUACUGAUGUUGAAUAUAAUUCAGACAGUUUUGAGUUAACACGCAAUAACAAAGAUAAAAUAGGAUAUAAUAACUUUGGGAAAUCUCUUAUUGAGCUAUGUUGUACUCAUAACAUACAUAUUUUAAAUGGACGUAUUUAUGACAACAUUGUUGGCAAUUUUACAUGUAUAACAUAUAAUGGUGCAAGUGUUGUUGAUUAUCAUAUUAUGUCUACUGAGCUUUUUUCUCAUAUAAGUUCUUUCAGUGUCACAAUGCGUGAUGAGUCGGAUCAUUUACCAGUUUGUUCUAAAUUGUCAUUCUUCCUAGAUAGAAUAGAGCAUACCGAUGAAAACUUAGCGGGACCACCAAACGGCGAUGGUUUUGUACGUGUAGAAAAGUUUAAAUGGAAAUUCGCAUGUAAAGAUGAAUUUUUAACGUUAUUUGCAAAUAAAUGUAAUACGCUCGUCGCUCAAAUCGCACUUGAAAUUAAGAUAAAUAUAAAUGACGCGGUUGAGAAAAUACUUGGACUUUAUCGGGAUUCUGCUUAUAUGAUGCGCGUAAAUAACCGUGAUCCAACAAAUCGCGAUGUAAUUUCAAAUAAUCAACCCUGGUGGGAUAGAGACUGUGUUUUAGCUAAACAAUUAAAGUACGUUGCAUUACAAACAUUUAGAUGGACAAGUGGGUUGUUAGAUUUUCAGAACUAUAUUUCACUGCGUAGACAUUUCAAAAUUACGUGUUUCACUAAAAGGCAAUUGUACCAGCAAGCUAAAAGGAAUGAGCUAGUGUUAUCUAGUUGUAAUCCAAAAUCCUUUUGGAAAUUGUUAAAAAUAUCCCAACGUAAUAGAAAACAAGAGCUUCUGCGCUUAGACCCUGUUACAUGGCGGAACUAUUUCGAGGAUUAUUGUUUAAUGAAGAUCAACCAAACCUGAACGAUAUAGCUUUUGACACGAAUAGAUUUAAUGAAGAAUAUGAUUCCAUUUUAAAUUGUGAUAUAACUAACGGGAAGGUUAUUGCAAGCAUUUCAAAAUUGAAAUAGGGGAAAUCUCAGGGACCUGAUGGAUUUGGGGCUGAAUUUUACCAAAGUACAAAACAAACCAUAACUCCAGUGUUGCGUCAAUUAUUUAAUAGGGUUUUAAAUACGGGUGUAUUUCCGGAUAUUUGGAGAGAUAGUAUUAUUGUCCCAGUGCACAAGUCGGGCUCUAAAGAAGACCCAUCAAAUUACAGGGGUAUUUCUCUUAUAAACGUUAUGUAUAAAAUAUUUUCAAAUAUAAUACAUGACAGAUUAUGUACAUGGUCGGAACAGUUUAACAAAAUUGAUGAGGCACAAGCUGGAUUUCAGACUGGUUAUUCGACAACAGAUAAUAUAUUUACUUUGCAAAGUAUGGUUCAGAAAUAUACCAGUAAGCCGGGGGGAGAUUCUAUGUAUUAUACGUCGAUUUUAAAAAGGCGUUUGAUGGAUUGAUACACUGUAACUUUUUCACCAGUUUGCAUAAAAUAGUAGUUCAGGGAAAGCUCUUCCGUAUAUUAACGUCUAUGUAUUCAAAUCUACGCGGUUGUGUACGAGUUGGCGGCGGCACAGUUACGCAACCCUUCAUUUGUAACGUUGGCACGCGACAAGGGGACGUAACCAGUACAAUAAUUUUAAUCUGUAUAUUAAUGAGUUGUCUUCCUUCCUACGAUCAAAGGGACAUACUGGUAUUUUUAUUACUGAGCAAAUCGCGGAUAUAAUAUGCAUAAUUUUUGCAGAUGACGUUGCGAACUGCGCUGACACUGCCAUUGAAUUACAAUUACAACUAAAUUCAAUUUCGAAUUUCUGAGAAAAUACUGGUAUGACUAUUAAUCAGAGGAAAACAGAAAUAAUCGUGUUUAGAAAUGGCGGGCCUCUGCGGUCAUACGAGCAUUGGUAUUUUAAUCGCACCCCGGGAAAUGUUACAUCGGUAUACAAGUACAUGGGACUCAUAUUCACGCCAAAAUUAUCCUGAACAAAGGCAAAAUCAAAAUUAGCUGCGCAAGCCCGGAAGUCAAUUUAUGCUAUAAAGGCCUACCAGAGGGCUUUUGGAAACUUUUCUCACACUGAAUACUUUAAAAUAUUUGAUUCAAUGGUUAAGCCUAUAAUUAUUUACGGUGCUGAAAUAUAUGGUACGGAAAUAUCUGAUAUUCUUGAACGGGUACAAAUUCAAUAUUGUAAGGAAUUCCUUGGGGUAAAUAAUUAUGUUAACGAUUGUGUUGCAUUGGGGGAAGGCGGGAGGUUUCCUCUAUGUAAUGAUCAUCAUGUAAAAUGUAUUAAGUACUGGUGCAAACUGUUAUACAUGUCCAAUGAACGUUAUCCAAGAAACUGCUAUAUAAUGCUUAAACGACAUGAUGGUAUUGGAAGAAAAAAUUGGGUUACAUCUGUAAAGAAUUAUUAUUCAAAUAUGGUUUUGGUUUUGUUUGGCUAAGUCAGGAAGUUGGAAAUGUUGGCGAUUUUUUAAUAUCAUUUUAACAAAGGUUAGUUGAUUGUAAAAGACAAAACUGGUUCGAAAAUGUGGGAUACUCAACACGAUGUGACACAUUUUAAAACUUUGUUAAAUCCAGAAAAAUAUUUAUGUAUAAACACUUUUACUUUCCAGAACUGCAUACAAGUCUCCUUUAUAUUUGCGCUGUUCGACUUCUAAGUUCAUGAAUGAAACAAAAACACCAUUAUCGGUACUGGAUGGAAAAGGAUGUUUAUUUAUGUUGAUUAUAUUAAUAUGAUUUAAACUGUAAUCAUUCAAUAGUAUACUAGUAAUUAGCUUUAAAACAGAAUGUAAAACAUUUAGGAUGGUGGGACGAGGUUACAUUAAACUAUUAUGGAAGGACUUGCCCCUCUGUCUGUCCAUGAUGCUAAUGUAAAAUACAGUCACACCUUAAACAUAAAUCAAUUUAGAUCUAUAUGUCCUACGUCUUAUGGUUUAUAAUUGCAUGCUAUUUAUUCAAAUAACUAUCAGUUUCUUCACGAGACUCAGGCAAUAAAAUAGCAUAACUAUUGUUCGCUUUUAUGCAAAAUAAUUUUAUUACCAUUCAGUUUGAGAACAUCUAGUUCAAGUGAUAGUGCACCUAUCUCAAAAAUAUGUUUAACGGUCAGCUUUUGCUACACAAUGAAUUGUCCAUAUCAAGCAAUUACCUGCAUUGACCUUUUGUUUAUUUUAGCCCGUUAGUAUUUUGUGGAGAAUAAAAGCGUAUUAUAGUCA